GUACGGCACUGACAGCAAGCUGUGACGUCGCUGACGCAUGCGCAUAAAGCUCUCGCGUGAGAAAAUCUCACGACUGCCCAACACUGUUCGGCGCUUAUGUCUUUAGUAGAAUCAUCUCGAAUCGCAAUUUACAGGUUAACAAAGUACCAGUGCUUGAACGGUGUGUCGAGUUAAAAAGAAACAAUUAAUCAAAUAAUAAGUUAUAAAAAUGCAACCUCAAAUAAUUUUACUCAAAGAAGGCACAGAUGCAUCACAGGGAAAGCAACAGCUUAUAUCGAAUAUAAAUGCUUGUCAAAUAGUGGUAGAUGCGGUGAGGACUACGUUAGGUCCUAGAGGGAUGGAUAAAUUGAUUGUUGGUCAAAAUGGAAAAGCCACUAUUUCAAAUGAUGGCGCAACUAUUUUAAGACUUUUAGAAGUAGUACAUCCUGCAGCUAAAACUUUAGUAGACAUUGCUAAAUCUCAGGAUGCUGAAGUUGGUGAUGGUACAACAAGCGUAGUUUUAUUAGCAGGAGAAUUUUUGAAACAAAUGAAAUCAUUUAUUGAAGAAGGUGUUCAUCCACGUAUUAUGAUCAAAGCUCUUCGUAUUGCCCUUCAAGUAGCAGUUGACAAAAUAAAUGCAGUGAGUGUAAAAAUAGACAAAUCCGAUCAAACAAAACUAGUAGAACUUUUAGAAGAGUGUGCAGCUACAUCUAUGAGUUCAAAAUUAAUUCAUCAACAAAAAGAAUUCUUUAGUCGCAUGGUUGUAAAAGCUGUUAUGAUGCUUGAUGAGUUGUUACCUCUUAACAUGAUUGGUAUUAAAAAGGUCUCUGGAGGAGCAUUGGAAGAUUCAGAACUGGUUAAAGGAGUAGCUUUUAAAAAAACCUUCUCCUAUGCCGGCUUUGAAAUGCAACCUAAGAAAUAUCAAGAUUGUAAAAUUGCCCUGUUAAAUAUAGAGUUGGAGCUUAAAGCAGAAAGAGAUAAUGCCGAAGUUCGCGUAGAUAACGUUGCGGAAUAUCAAAAGAUAGUUGAUGCCGAAUGGCAAAUUUUGUACAAUAAACUCGAUAAAAUUCACAAGAGCGGAGCACAGGUUGUUCUGUCAAAGUUACCUAUUGGCGAUGUUGCCACUCAGUAUUUCGCCGACCGGGACAUGUUCUGUGCGGGCAGAGUUCCUGAGGAAGAUUUGAAGAGAACGAUGAAAGCUUGUGGAGGAUGUAUUUUAACUACAGUGCAUGAUAUUAAGGAGUCCGAUCUUGGCAGGUGUGAAAUGUUUGAAGAAAAGCAAAUUGGUGGAGAAAGAUUCAAUUUCUUCUAUGAAGGAUCACGUGCUAAGACGUGUACGUUUAUAUUGCGUGGAGGAGCGGAACAAUUUUUGGAAGAAACAGAGAGGUCUUUGCAUGAUGCCAUCAUGGUUGUAAGACGUUUGUUUAAAACUAAUGCAUACGUGGCUGGUGGAGGAGCUAUUGAAAUGGAAUUAUCAAAGACAUUGAGAGAUUAUUCUCGUAUUAUAGCUGGAAAAGAGCAACUUUUAAUUGGAGCAAUAGCUCGUGCAUUGGAAGUUAUUCCAAGGCAAUUGUGUGAUAAUGCUGGUUUCGAUGCAACGAGUAUUUUAAACAAAUUGCGACAGAAACAGCAUAAAGGCAUGCAUACUUACGGUGUUGACAUUAAUACUGAAGACAUCGGCGACAACAUGUCAGCUUUCGUUUGGGAACCAGCUGUUGUCAAAAUUAAUGCUUUAACUGCCGCGACUGAGGCAGCAUGUCUCAUUUUGUCUGUUGAUGAAACCAUAAAGAAUCCUAAGAGUGGUCAGGAUAAUGGUCCUCAGGCACCUAUGCGUGGCAUGAGAAGACCGAUGUAAUAAUUGCUUUCUUGGCUUGAAAAGGAACAAGAACCUUAUAAAUUAAACACUAAUAAUACAUAUGCACUGACGUAUUGUAACAACCUGUUUAUACUAUUACGAACUAUUUGUAUUACGUGACAAUUUCUGCAUAUUGCUUUUCUAUAUUGUAAUUUACCAUGAAAUAGAUCUUGUUAUCUUUUUC